CCCGGGAGUAGGAAGGAGCCGGGGCUGCAGCCGGAGUGGAGCGGCUGCCAGCCGAGGAGCAGGCGCGGCCGCGGCGCCAUAUUGCGGCCCCGAGCGGCCGCGACCGAGUCAUGGCCGAGACCUACGACUUCCUCUUCAAAUUCCUGGUGAUUGGCAGUGCAGGAACUGGCAAAUCAUGUCUCCUUCAUCAGUUCAUUGAGAAUAAGUUCAAACAGGACUCCAACCACACAAUCGGCGUGGAGUUUGGAUCUCGGGUAGUCAACGUGGGUGGGAAGACUGUGAAGCUCCAGAUUUGGGACACAGCCGGCCAAGAGCGGUUUCGGUCGGUGACACGGAGUUACUACCGAGGGGCGGCUGGAGCCCUGCUGGUGUACGACAUCACCAGCCGGGAGACAUACAACUCGUUGGCUGCCUGGCUGACGGACGCCCGCACGCUGGCUAGCCCCAACAUCGUGGUCAUCCUCUGUGGCAACAAGAAAGACCUGGACCCUGAGCGCGAGGUCACUUUCCUGGAGGCCUCCCGCUUUGCCCAGGAGAAUGAGCUAAUGUUCCUGGAGACUAGUGCCCUCACGGGUGAGAACGUGGAAGAGGCUUUCCUGAAGUGUGCCCGCACCAUCCUGAACAAGAUCGACUCAGGUGAGCUGGACCCCGAGAGGAUGGGCUCAGGCAUUCAGUACGGGGAUGCUUCCCUCCGCCAGCUGCGGCAGCCUCGGAGUGCCCAGGCCGUGGCCCCCCAGCCCUGUGGCUGCUGAGACAUGUGGAGCCAGCUCACCUGUUCUCCAGGACCAGCCCUGCCCUUCUGGCCGGGGCCCAGACCCAGGCCCUGGGAGGCCGAGCCCCUCACCUGUCCUGGCCCCAGAGAAGCUGCCCCGCCACCUGUUCCCCUUCCCUGGCCUGGUGGGGCCUGGCUGAGGGGCAAGACUGAGCCACGGGGGAAGGGGGAAUCCGUACCUGCUGCUGCUUCCUCUGUCUUGGCUAACCCCUAUCCCCCCGGAACCCCUAACCAUACUCGAAGAGUUCCCAAAGCCUGAGACCUGGGCAUUUGGCCCCAGCUCCCCGCCAUUGCGAGUACGUGUUAUUUAUUGCCUGGAGGCCUGUCCAGUCCCCACUCCACCCCCAUAAAGCAUUGUUUACACCUG